CACAGCCUCGGGAAGAUGGGGAAAAAAAGAAGCACUGGAAGGCGUCUAAACGUCUCAAACAUGAAAAAGGCUGGCUCUCUGAUCAAAAGCAGCAAAGACAGCAAAGACCUGGCUGUGGUGGAUGAACAGGCUGACAGCCGAACCCCCGCUGCUCCUCCAGAGCCGCAGACCACCAGCGAAAGUCACCUGGGCUUCCCAGAUACAGUCUAUCUGCUGGCGUCGGUCGUCUUUCAGAAUCACCACCUGGAGAAGGUUGCUGCUCAUCGACUGGUGAAUUAUGGGAAAGAGAGAGGGCUCUCAUUACCUGAAGUGAAAGAUGAGGUGAUGCAAUGCACGGCUCAUGAACUGGCCUUCAAUACACUGAAAUAUCAGGAGCUGCUGGAGGACAUCAUGAUUGACAGCUGCUUUUAUCUCGCCCAUCCAAUACCAGGUGACCAGAUGAGUCUUGUUGCCGUCAUGCUCUACGAUUUCCAGGACCGGCAGUUCCUCCCUCGAAAAGACCAAAUCGGAGAUAUCAUCCCCGAAGUGAGGCAUGUGGAGAAGUGCCUGCUCAGGUUUAAAACUAAGCUGGCAGCCUCCCUGGCCCGAUGCAGGGUGAGAUCUGAUCUGCUGUCCAUAGAGUACACCCUGCCGGAGAGCAUGAGGAGGAAGCAGGAACGAUCAGGCAGGCUUCCGCUUUAUGCGUGGGUCAACACGCUGAAGAGCAGUGAGGAUGCGGUCCAGGGUGUGCUGGAGAGCGCUGGCUUCUUGCAAGUGGAAUCGAUUGGACAGUUGGAGGGUCAGACCUUCUGCCACGACCCCCACUGUGGGGACACUCUGGUGUUCCCCGCUCAGCUGAAGGCUCAGCUGUACUCCACCAGGCUGCUCAGCGAACACAAACUCAUCAUCCAGGACAAGUCAUGCAGUCUGGGUCCAAACGCAGCAUGCUCCCUGCUACCAGAGGAAGGAGACGUCCUCAUGGCGGGCUCCUUCUCCGGCCUCACCGUCUCCCACACCGCCUCCCUGAUUGCAGAGAAACAUAAAGGCAACAAUCAGCCCACGGUCUACGUGUGUGUCAGCGACUGUACGGACGCUCAGAGGGAGGAGCUGCAGCUCACUGUCUCCACCAUGGGCUGCACGAAUGUGAAACUGAUACAGAAGGUCUUCAGCUCUUUGGACUUGGGUGAAAGAUGGCUUCAAAAAGUGCACGUGAUCCUGUUGAUGCCCAAGUGUUCGAUGUCUGCAAUCAGCAAACCGGUCGAGUUCAUCCUACAAGAAAAUGGAGACACAGACCUGCUGCAGAACCUGUCCCAAGGCUCCAUCGCCCAGAGCAAACUGGAAGCUCUGGUCGCGCAGCAGCAGAAGGAUAUCGAUCACGCCUUGAAGUUUCCCAAGGUUUUAGCGGUUGUAUAUUUGACACGUUCGACAUAUUCGGAGGAAAAUGUGGAUGUGGUGAGCAAAGCCCUGCAGCAAUCCAAAGCCUGCUCAGACCAGGAGGAGGAUUCAAAGCGAGCAAACUUCAGGAUAAGCCCUCACCCUCUCAGCUCCUGUCUCCACUCUGAGGCCACAGAGGAAACAAACACCUUUUUCACGCUGGAGCCUUCAGACCACAGUGACGGCUGUUUUGUGGCUGUUCUGAAAAGAGAGCCCGAGCCAGAGGUCAAACCAGCACCACAGGAAGUAAUUGCCAGAGCAAAUGCCAGUGGCAUCCUGGACAGGAUCGGCUCUAACCAGCUCGGUAAAAAGAAUCAGCAGGGACAUAUGAACAGGGUGAAAACAGCAGCCCGAGAUCGCACGUCUCUGCCCAGUCUCUCUCUUAGUAUUCAGCCCAAAAACCAGCAGUCCAAGGGCAGGAGCAGUGGUGCUCUGGGUGGACACCAGGACGCUGCUCGCAAACAGCUACACGUGAAACCCAAACCAGUGCAUUCAAAUAGAGGUGUGUCGAGCUCCCUCUAUUACGUCAAACAAGAAAGCACAGGCCCCUUCUCUCCUCCCUCCUCAACCCAACCAGAAAGCAGCACGACAACGAAAAGCUUCUCUCCUUUCCUGAACACUACACCUGCCAUUGCCACCUCCACCACCACCACCACUCCGACUCCAGCCCCAGCUCCUCCCCCCUCCCCUGCGGCCCCGGCGGUACGUCCCCGUCGAGCCCCUCAGGAGGUGCUCAGGCCCGUGGUGCUCGCCUUUCCUCCCCUUAACUUUCCGGACUUGUCAGCCAGGCACAGCCAGGCGGGAAUCGGCUCCAGCCUCGGCUGCACCAAGUGGAAACAAACGGCUCAGAUCGUUUCCCACUUGCGCUCCGCCGGUGGUCUCUCCAAGGAUGCUGUGGGGAAGACCCGCCCUCAGCUUUGUCUUCACAAACUCUAA